AUGGCAUCAGCUAUAUCUUCAAAUGUUGUGGAAAAGAGUGCAUGUGAUAGUUCACCAAAUCAAGCUGACCACCUUUAUCAAAUGAGACAAACUCUUCAAUCUAAUCGUAGAAUCAAACAAAUGGUACGACAAGCAACAAAUGAUUAUUUAGAUUUACAAAAGACAUUUCUUGAAGAUUUAUCACAAUUAGAUUUUGGUAAUGAACAUGUAUUAAACAUCAUUUCAUCGGAUUUGAAACGAGUCACUAAUACUCAGUCAACGUUUGACCAAAUACAACUUGUUCUUUGUGGCCCAAACUCCAGUGGAAAAACAUCUUUUCUUCAUGCAUUUCUCAAGAUUGAUCCAAUACUACCGACAGACUCCGGUCCGGUGAGUGCCCGUAUUAUUCGACUGACAUAUGCACCGAGAGAAUCAGCGUAUUUACGAGAAUACAGCUCAUUUAAACUCAAGCAUACAAGAGAUGAUCUAAAAGAUACUGUGAACUUGACAAACUUUUUUCGUGAGGGCGAGGAGCCAGAUUGGAGAGGUAUAGAAGAUGCCAUUAGAAAGUACAUUCAACGACCAGAAAAAGAGAGCGACGUGGAUUUUGCCAAUUGGGCGAAACAUUUUGUUGAAAUAGGCUUACCGUCGCCUACUCUUGAGCUUGGUAUUAACGUAUAUGAUACACCGGGUUUCCUAUUUCAUGAGAGCGAAAACGUAUUGAAAGAAAAUCUACAUGAAUUAGUAAGGACGAUUCAUCCAACAAUAGUUUUUAUGUAUGAUAAUAGUACAAUAGCAAAUGAUGCUAAUGACUGUUAUCUAGCAUUGAAAAGUGCACUAAAUAGUUUAGAGGAUAUUCACAUCUUUUUUCUAAAUACAAAAGUUGAUCCCAAUGUUGUAUUAGCUGAUGCCGGAAUAAAUCUCCACAACAAAAAACAAGUAACAGACGAAAAAUUUCGAGAAGCACUUCCAAAAGCAAGAGAAAAAUGUUAUGAGCUGUUGAGAAAAGCACCAGCAAUGGUAAACGAAGGAGCUAGCGGUCUGCCCGCAUCAUUAAAUGAUUGUGAUCAUUUUGAUAUUUGUAGUAUCCCGCAGCCUGAGAGUUGCCUGUUUUCUUCAGCUGAAGCGAUGACGGAAAAUACUGUCAGGCGAAUAGUUCAGUUUGCCACACGUACAGAUUUAAUUGAGACAUCACAUAUUCUUGAUAGUGUUUUACCAACUGUUGAAGCAUUCUUUGACUUUGCGUUAACCACAAGUCAUCGAGAGCCUAGUCAAUGGCAGAAAUUACGAGCUGAUGCAAAUAUGUGGGGAGAAUACUUUUUUGCACAGUUAGAAGAGCAAUUUUCAUUAAUUAUGGUAACAGCGUAUACAAAUAUUCUCAGCCGUUUCGACGAAAGAUCACCGAGUAUAGCAGAACGUAGUGCAAGAUUAGAUCGUACGAGUGAUCCAAUGCAAACCCAUUUGCAGAAAUCAAAAAAGGUUAAAGAAUUUAUUAAAAUAGCCGUUCAGGAAGAGGUAAUUAAAGCGGCUGUGAAUGAAAUAAUAAGCGAAACAAAAAACAGCCUGAGAAAAUCGAUUAGUAAAUUUAUUGUACGUAAUGCGGAGAAAAAUGAAUUGUUGAUAGCAGCACAGCGUGCUAUACUAACUGAUCUUUCAUCUACUGAUAUUGAACAGAGAAAUUGGUUCGAACGUCUGAGGGAUCAUGUGUCCAUGUUACCAUCAAUAUUCAAGCGUUUUUUCAAAACUAUUAGGACGCUGCCAAAUGUUGAAAGGUGGAANACAAAAAACAGCCUGAGAAAAUCGAUUAGUAAAUUUAUUGUACGUAAUGCGGAGAAAAAUGAAUUGUUGAUAGCAGCACAGCGUGCUAUACUAACUGAUCUUUCAUCUACUGAUAUUGAACAGAGAAAUUGGUUCGAACGUCUGAGGGAUCAUGUGUCCAUGUUACCAUCAAUAUUCAAGCGUUUUUUCAAAACUAUUAGGACGCUGCCAAAUGUUGAAAGGUGGAACAAACAAGCAACAGCAGAUUUUUCGAGUGAGCAAUCAUUUUAUGAAUAUGCUGACGCAUUAGACUCAUCCGAAAAUCUCAUAGAUGACGCAAAACGAAGAGAGUUUUCUAAUAAAUAUUUGUUAAAAGUAAAAUCAAAACUAGAAAAAUUCGAGAAAAUAUUUGAACGUAAUUUAAAUGAAUGGAUAAAAAGCAAAAAAUUAUCAUUUGCCAAACAAAUUGAACAGAACUAUAAUCUAGCAUUGAAGUGCUUGGCAGUACGAAAAACAGCGUAUGAAUUGAGCAAUAGAUAUUCAGGGCAAUUUGCACGUAUUGAAUGUAAAUUGUUGGCUGCAAGAGAUUUAGUAAAAUUUAACGGUGUCGUACCUAAUAUUGAUGAGAGUACAUUUUUGGGAUCAGGAAGUUUUUUUCGUGUACACGAAGCACAGUGGGGGAGUAAAACAGAAUUAGUUGUAAAAAGGUUAAAAGAACCGUUGAGUGAAUAUCCUUACAUUCAAUAUUUGGAAGCUCAUUAUCAUCGAAAAAUAACUCGCCUAGAACUGCCUCAUACAGGUCCUCUGCUAUAUCUAUACGAAUGUCCGAGUGAGGAUCAAGGAACAGAUGGAGACUUGUGGAUAUUCUUACCGAAAUAUAAAUGGACCUUAAGCGAUUAUUUGAAACAAAAUAUAAAAGAGAUCAAAGUAGAUAAGGUGUUGCAAAUUAGUUUAGACAUAGCUCAUGUUGUUGAUGAACUGCAUAGUAAUGAACUAGUACAUCGUGAUAUUAAAGCUAAUAAUAUAUUACUUGAUGAAAACGAUGUCUGUUAUCUAUGUGAUUUUGGUACGUGUAAAGAAGGAACCUUGAAUAGUACCAUAUUGGGUACAAUGCCUGUAGCACCUGAACUUUAUGCUCAACGAUAUGAUCCAUCAUUUGCUUAUGAUGGUAAAGCGGUUGAUAUAUUUGCUUUUGGAUUACUAAUGUAUGAAUUAUUACCAAAAGCUAAAUAUCAUCGUCCCCAUAUUAGCAAUAGUAAUGAAAUAAAAGAAUUUUUGAAAAAAGUUUAUCCAAUUGAAAAGAAAAAAGAAUACGAACGUGUGCUUGAAAUGUGUCUGCAACAGGAGGCGAAAGCACGUCCAAAUGCGCAUGAAAUUGUUGAAAAAUUAGAAGAAAUUCAAAUGAGUUUAAGAGAAAUGAAAAAAGAAUGUAAAAUUUGUAUGGAUGAAUCGACAAAACUUCGAUUUUAUCCGUGUGGUCACAAAGUUAUGUGCGAAUCGUGUUUGAAUGAUUUGCGACAAAAGAGUAAAAAUAGAGAAGUGAUCUGUACACAUUGUAAUCAAAAAGUUGAAAGAUGGGAAGAAGAUGAUAAGGAUGAUACAUUUUAUGUAAAAAAAGGCUACCAAAUAUGA